ACAUGAUCCAGCAGCAUCCAUCUCUCCGGAUGAGAUGUCCAAAGCAGUCAUCAGCUCCAGGAAGUGACAGCGAUGAUGAAAGAAAAAUGGAAAUAAAUAGGCUUAAUUAUCAAGUGAGGAUAAUGCAGAGCAGAGGGGUUGUGAAGACAUGAGCACAUCGGACACAUUUAGAUGGAGUCUUCUUUCAAUGCCGUAGAGCUCCGGGAGCUGCGGGGUGGUGGAGGCCGGCGAGGCGUGUCUCCGACACCACCCUCAGCACCCUGGACAGCGGCCACAGUGGGCUGCGUUGCCCGGGGGUUCGAGAACGCCUCCUACCAGCAGGACGAGGAGCUCGGCCACCAGCAGGGGGCCACAGCGUCGGCGGGGUGUCCGCCCUCAGCUUCAGGCAACAGCAAGGGGGAGCAGCAGAAUCAGGAGAUCUCUCCGCGGUCAUAUGAUGAGGAGGAAGGAGGUGGAGGGCAGGAGGACGGCCAGGACUUCACUGAGUUCAGCCCCGCUGAUGAUCACUCUGCCGACUACGGCUUCAUCUUCGCCCUGGUGUUCCUGGUGAGCGGGAUCGUCCUGGUGGUCAUAGCCUACACCAUCCCGCGAGAGGCCAAAGUCGACCCGGACUCCGUGUCGGCUCGCCAGAUGGAGAAGCUGGAGAUGUACUACGCCCAGCUGGGCUCCCACCUGGACAAGUGCAUCAUCGCAGGCCUGGGCCUGCUGACCCUGGGAGGGAUGUUCCUGUCUAUGCUGCUCAUGGUGUCCAUCUGCCGGGGCGAGAUGUACCGACGCAGGGCGGCGUUUGUUCGACCCAAGAGGACUUACGGUUCCAUCAACCUGAGGAUGAAGCAGCUGGCGACUGGAGAGGCAGUAAGCGGCGAGGGCGGGGACGGAGGUGAGGAUUUUUUGGUGGAACGUGCAGAGACAGGGAAUAACAUUCAGCCAGGACCUAGUGGGGACUCCAAAUCAGAACCAGGACCAAGCAGACACCCUCCUCCUGCCACAUCUUCCUCUUCUUCUACAAAUGCUGCACAUGGAGUCAACUAGCGGGGCUUUACUCUCACUCUGCAGCUGUUUUGCCUUCCUCUGAGUGAGCGCUCAGUUGCAAAACGGGGAUGCAAAAUGGUGCAGGCCCCCUGUUUGUGCCGGCAGGAGAAGCACAUCUUGAGCACAAGGCUCUCUGCUGGAGCGACCCAGCUUUAACCCGGCGUUUUUGGAUGAACGCUAAACCAAGUUUAUGGGAUAUUUAUUCUAACCAAUCAUAAGGGAUGUAUUACUUAACAAAAGAGAGCUCAACUCGGUAGAAGAAGAGAGGUAAGCCUAUGCCAGUGUGGAAAAGAGCACAUUUGGAGAUGAAUGGUUGAAUUUCAAAGAUUACAGUUACUAUAUAAAUCCUAGUAUGUUAAUCAGAGACUGAGUUUUACAUUAUAAAGCACAUCGUGUCCGACAGCCCUGGAGGUUCGUCGCCACUGCAGAAAGAAAAAUUACUUUAUUUAUGACGUCCGUCCGGUGUUGAAACUCUACAAAAGAUGUUCAAGAUUUACACCUUGGCACACUUUAAACGCCCAAUCUAACCUUAACACAAACAUUAAAUAUCUGACGUAGUCUAUCAUGCUACAUCUGUUGGAAAUUGGAGUGUCAUUACUGGACUGUCUAAAUAAAGUAACAUGGAAAGUGUGAUGCUAAAGCUCUCGCACAAAUUGACAGAGGCAACACUUUUGAAACUAAUAUUUAACUCUAGCGUGACAUUUACAGCCACCAGCAGCAUCAGCAAUAAAUUGUCAGUAACAGUAGAGAAGAUGAAGCAUAAAAUAAUCUAAUCUGUGUCACCACAUGCCCUCAAAAAAAGGAUGAUCAAUUUAAACCUGCAUUAAGCAAUUUGUUUGAUUUAUUAAUACGACUGUGUUAAAGUCUACUGUGACCUUGUUCUCAUAAUAUCAUGACUUUUUCUUGUAAUAUUUAUACUUUAAUCUCUAAAUAUAAUGACUUUUUUUCUCAAAAUAUUUUUUUAAAUUGUUCUUAAUUAUUUUCUAAAUUUGUUAAAUAUUGAUCUCGCCGGUUUGACUCCAGACAGAGACCUUUGUUGCCUCUCGUGCCUUCACCUCACUCUGUCAAUUAAAGGCAAAACAAUAAAAAAUAUCUCUAAAAUAAACAUUAGCUUAAUGCAGCUUUAAAAUUUGACAUUUCUAAAAUAUUUAGUUGAUUGAUUUUUGACUGUAAGGAAAUACAAUAAGAUGCAGAAAGAGGUAGGAGGGGAUGAUAAGAGGAGAGAGAGGUGUUAGACUGAGAGGACUGAUAUGAAUCAUUGUUAAGAGGGUGACACACAUUACCCAGAAAGCAUUGCAUCAGCAGUCCAGCAGCUCAUCUGUACUCUUACCUAGUCUGAUGUUGUUUGUCAGAAAUCAUUUCGCUCUCUCCUUGAUGGUUCUUUUGUGUUUUUAUCCAACCCUACACAGAUUUUGUCCCUGCGUCUUGGUCGCAAAUCGAUUCAUUUUGUUUUUCACGGUGGAAACUAGAUGAAGGAAAAACAUUUGGUUUUCAUCACAGGAAUGUCUCUACCCGGCCGAAUCCAUUUUUGUGUAGCUGUAUUGGGUCAUUUAGUUUGGAUUGCAUAUUUGUUUGAAGGUGAUUCUCAGACAGCCGGGAAAGACAUGUAAUUUUGUAAGUGACAAAACCAGACACAUAAAUCUGUAAAGGCGUGAAAGUCAACUCCCCAACAGUUUCUCACCCGACAGAGUGAUUUAACACUUUCACCGCUGGUGGCUCAAGGCCAUAGAUGACAGUUUUACAUAUACAAUGACACGAUGCUUCCCAUGAAUGAAACAAUAACAACCCAGAUCUCCAAAGUAUCAUGUCACAUAUCAAAUGUCUCAUGCUGCAUCACUCAAAACUGUUGCCUCAUGUUGACUAAUCAGCAUUUUCUGCAUCUAGCAUCACUUUCCACAACAUCAGAGUCUUUGUAUAAUGCUGCAAGUGAAAAUCCACAAUCAGAAUCUCCUUUGAAAUACGAAUGAAUGAUUAUCUGACAUUUAAAGGUCCUGAGAGUUUAGUGGACAAUGGAACUAGCAUGUGCUACAUGCUAGUUGCUGCUGUGAUAAGAAAAACUCACAAUUUCAGCUGCUGUGACUUUCCUGGUUUUAUUUAAUUGAAUGUUGAAAUGAAUCCUAACGGGCACAGCAAUUAUUAUAAUCAGUAUAUAAUCUAUGAAAAAAUAAUGUAGAACUGUGCUUUAAAUAGUGAAACAGUUCAUUCGAUUUAAAAGAACAAACAUCAAGGUGUCUUCAGUCUUUUUUUUCCUUUCUGGAGAAGAAGCUGGUUUUGACUGGACUGAACCUUUAAUGACACAGCGCCUACUUACUUAUUUGUAUUAUAUGUAAACAGAUGUUAUUUAUGUGAUGUAAGGAUACAAUAUGCCUUAAUGAGUAAACACAGACACUGUAAAUUAUGUAUACACAAGUAUUAUUAUGCUAAUGUAUUAAGGUCUGUAUAGUGAGACAGUUAGCCAAGGGUAAUGUAGCUACACACACACACACACACACACACACACACACACACACACACACACACCCAUAAUGUCCUCAUAAGACAGGUGUGCUCACAAACGAGUGUGUGACUCUGUACUUGUGAGAAAAUCUUAAUAUACACACACACACUGACAUACUAUCUCAAAGCUGUUUAUUAAGAUAUGUAUCACAUUUUAAUUUCGCAGUACAAAUAUACUGUAAAUAUUACACAUAGACAUGUCGGAUGUAGUCGACCAGCAACAGCUAAUGCUCAGAAACCAAAAUACGCAACACAGGCAUGCAAAAUUGGAAAACCUCGUCACGGUUGGAGCAAUUUCUUUCUGUUAGCAGCUUAAUAACCAACUCUGAAACUGAGCAGCUGAACAAAAGCUGAACAAUUGUGCUUCAGUGCUGAACAUUGAGAUUCAUUAAAUCACAAAAAACUCAUGGGAAAACUAAUAGAAUUUAAUCAUUAGUAGAUAUUAGGGCUGCAACUCAUGUUUUCUUUCACUGUAGAUAACAUUUUUGGUCCAUAAAAUGUCAAUGUCAAAGAUAUUUCCAAAAAUCCAAGUUGACAUAAUUUAAAAAAACAGCAAAUAUCCCCAUUUUAGUGUCUGAAAACAGUUUUGCUUAAAAAAUAACGUAGACAAAUAAUCAAAUCAAAAUAGUUGCCUAUUAAUUUAGUGUUCAGUAAUCAUUUAAUUGAUCGUUGCAACUCUAGUAGAUACACAGUUGUUAAAAUGCUAACUGUAAUCAUGUACUGUAUUCAUAAUAACUGGUAUAUACUCGCAUCAAUCUUCCCUAAAGUGUUCUGCAGGAAAAUUAAAUUAAGUUAAUUUUACCACAAAUUUAUUUACUUCCUAUAUUAUACAUUACUUGGUAAUGGCAGUGUCAGAAGCACUGUUCGAUAAUCUCUGGUGCAGCAGGUUCAUUUUAAAGACUGUUCUGUUGCUGGACAGUCACAGGUUCAAUCCCGGCUAUAGUCUGUCUCUGCUGAGGUGUCCUUGAGUAAAGAAAAGACUCGUCUCUGGCUGCUUCUGGUGAAUUCACAUGAGAGAGCUUCUUGGUUAAAUCUUAAGACGACUUUUGCUCGGGCACUUGUAGCUGCAGGAGACUUCUCCCCCCAAGAAAAACAUUAAGUUUUUUACAUUCAAUUGAUGUUAGCGGCUUCAGUAAUUCUGACUUUUUUUCACUCAGAAGCAAAGGGAGUUGAUGAUGUUGUUAUAGAGCUACAAAGUCAGCAGAUGGAGGAGUGAUGCGGUCAGAUGGGUUAAUAAAAAGCCACUGUUUGUUUCCCCUUUCCUACUGACAGUCCCUAAAGCUAACCAAACCGUGACCAAAGCCGUAUAAGAUCAGAAAAUUCUUUUAUUUUUACAAAACUGAUUUGUAAUGGUUUUGAAAGGCACAGUGAGUAUGUUGUCCUGCUGAGGGGCAAACAAUGCAUUUUGUCUUUUAAUUUAAAGCACUUGAAAUGUUUUUAAUAUUUUGUACUAACAAGUUGAUCCUGCUGUAUGUAAGUGAAGCAAUGAGGCAACUAUUUAAGCUCUGUUAUCUUUGGUGUUUGAAGUAGAUGGUGACACAGGAGUGGAUUUUCACUCCUGUGUCAUCCCAUUUUCACAAAAACACGUCCCAUUCCUGAUUAGAACUGCAUAUUUAUAUAUAAAAAGCUGUGAUAAAUAGUGAAAUUGACUCCCGUCCGGAAUAAAAUGCCCGCUUCUAGUUUGAAGCUAAAAUCUCCCACAGCCAUGCCAGCUGAGGUUCCUCUGUUAAUCAAAGGUUGUCUGAGAAAUAUCCAGCCUCCUUCUCACUUUCACAGUUCAGAGUGUGAUCACACUUACUUAGUUUGUGUCUGGAAUAUAAUAAAAUCUGUGACAAGUUUUAGUAAAUGUCAUCCUGCCAGAUUAGUUUGGCACGUUCAAAAUAACACGUGUAUAUUUAUCAAACUUCUGGAAGUUAAGACAUUUAUAGUGAUAACUCCCUGUGCGCUGGUGUUCGCUGGCGUGGACUGCAGGUUCAUUUUAAGCAUCUGAUAUUCAUAUUUGAGCCAUCUUAACUUAGACAGCAUUAUUCUGUCCUGCUCUAACAAGCUGGACUGACGUCGUAAAAAGGUCCUGAAGGUAGCCGCUGCAAACCUGCAGUCUGGAAAACAUUUAUUACCUGAUUAUCUAUAAUAUCCAUGACACACAAAACAAAUUACAUUCACCUCCAUUGUAAUCGGCGGCAGCAGCAGAAGCGCCAGUGGUGUCAGGUGUCAAAUAAAACCAAAACUGUCUUCAUGAUAAACAUUUAUGUACCAACAAAAACUGACCCUUUAGAGUUGAAAUUGUCUUGAAGUAGAAAAUCAGUUCACUUCUUGAUACCACCUUUAAUGUGUGUCUUGAUAAUAAAUUAUAGAAUAUUGUUCCAUUAAGAAAGCAUUUGAUCUGUGGCUGUUUAUGCGGUCAACAGAUGUUCGCUGAGGUUAUUGCUGCUCGCUCGCCCUGCUGCGGCUCCGCCCUGGCUUACUCCACUUUACACUAAUUUGAAUUUUAUAAUAUUUGAUGCUUAAAAUGAUACACACACAGAAACAUCGAUAUGGAAAUGCUACUACAUGUUUAAGAUGAGACUCUAAUCCUGAAUGAUGCAUGAUGAGCACCACAGUGUACAAUCUGUACAUCACCAGUUUACAACCAGAAGUAAAGAGCACACAGGCUUCCGUGAUUUCGGUAUGAUUAGGAGAAAAAGAAAAAGAAAUAAGAAGUCAACAGAGGCAGCAGAGGUGAGAGAGUGAAGGAGAUUAAUGGAUGUGGGAGAGCCGAUGCAGCGGAGACGCCGGAUGACGUGAGCUGAUUCUUGAAGAGAUGGAUUCUCAGCUUGCAGGGGGGGAGGACAGGGAGUGACUCUGCAUGAAGCUAAAUACUUCCAAAGACACUAUCAGGUUUCCCAGAGUGAAACAACAAACAGACAGACACGACUCUACUUAAGGUUUUAACGAGCGUGAAAAAGCCCUCUAACGCUGAUUCUUGUCGAGGGCCAGAGAGAGAGAAAUUAGACCUGCUUCAACCUGCAGCUCCUCAUUAGAGGGGGGAACAACACAGCAGCAGAAACACAACACGAUAGAGGGAAUGAUUGUUCUUGCUGGUUCGCUUCACACAGGUUGGACGCACAGAGCUGGAAGAAAAAGGUUUUUAGAGUGGGGUUUAGUUACACGCACGGAUGGAUAGAAUCAGGUCACGAGGAAGCAGACUAAAAGGUUGUUGAUUGCUUUUGUGGAAAAAACUCUGCACCUUUAAAGGAGAAGUGCUUUUCCAGGUGUUAGACUGCUGCUUACGUGAAAAAAAAGGUAGCAUAAAGCCUUUUGUGUCUCCAGAGGGAGCUGUGUUAAGUCUGAAAAAAUGUCCUGAAGACUACAAGUUUAAAAAUGACAAAUGUGAGUUUUGCUGCGUUCCAGACAACUCAGAUCUCGCCCUCCUGACAGUAAAAGUACAAUGAAACGUCAGAGUUCCUACUUGUGAACUCGCAGCGAAUCCAUCUACCCCGUCUUCACAAAGAAGCAGAUGUCUGACAUCUCAAAACAAUGGCUCGUGGAACUGCAUAUCAUAAAUGGUAAACCAUCAACAUGAAGUAUAUUCGCCUGUGUUACAUGUAAUACAUACGAGCAUAUAGUAAAACCUGUCCUCUGUGUAAAUUGAUGUUGAAAUAUGUCGCUAGUGUUAGUAUUAAUUACAAACUUAAUUAGGCCUACAGUAAACAAUCAAACAAAAAGUCAUCUUCUUUGCACAAAAGUUGCAAAAUUUUUUGAAAACAGUUAACGUAUAUUUAUGUCAAUCGUUUUCAUUACAACAAAGUGCACUGCUGCGAUUCAAUCAUAUGUACCCAAGAAACAUCAGAUUGUCACGGUCAGUCUGUUUUUUGUUUACAUUUGGCGUUGUGCACCUGGAACGCUAAGAAGUUGGAAAUUUCCUCUGGACUUUGACAGGAACACAACAUAAGAAAGAUGUGAACUUACCAGACAUCUGUAGCUCGCUGCUCAUCUCUGCUGCAGGCUACAUUAGCCGACCCAGCUGUUGGCGAUGUAGUUGCAUUGUGGGUAACGUAGACAAUAGAUUUUGACAAGGAAGACGAAUGAGUGGAAUUAAAAAUACGAUAUCUCUGGUUCUGCUGCAUCGAUUUUGUCCAUCGUGAGGCUCAUGAUAUUAUCGAAGUGGAAUAAUAAAGAAUAUACAGUAUACAUACAAAAUACAUCUUGAACCGUGAACACAUCCUAAAAUACGUGAAUGGAUAUUUACUAGAAAUGAGAACAGAAGAAGAGAGCGGGAGGGAGAAUGGACAUGUGAGUGUGGAGCCUCUGAAAAGAGCAAAACUAUGUUUCUGUUCCUCUGUGACGUGUUUGAAUGUCAAGACCGACCACGAGCACCUUGGCCAAAGACAGAGAAAAUCAAUCUUUAUUCUGUCGGCAGCACGAUGACUCUGUUACCAUAGAAAUGGUCUAUUUAUAACAAGCACUGUAGGUAGAGCAGUUCUCGGAUGUCAUGGAAAGUGCUUGUGAGGGCACCACAGAGGAGACAAUGUUAUAAACUCUUGAAACCUCUGAUUGUAUCCCCGAGGAGGGAAAUAUAUAAAUGCAAGGAGCCUUUGGGACUUUGCAGGAAUAAAUUACACAUUUUUAGGACAAAUCAUCUGCAGGUGGACAUUUUCCAAGAACCAAAGCUUUAAUUCACACCAGGCCAAGGGCGGAAUUUAGCUGAGUAGUCACAACUCGCUGCAGGAAAUCAUGAGGACGAAGCAGGCAGAUUGCCCCGCUAUGCUAAUGAAUAAAGCCUUAGCAUGGGAUUUAGAUUAGUUUUUUUCAAUUUGGUUGCCACAGAUAAGUCAGAUCACUUGGUCAUCAAAUCCCAAAUUUACCGUAGCUACACCUCUGAUUAUUGCCAUGUGAAUGACUUAGUGUAAGCGAUGUAUUUAUGAGUGUGCGAUGGGUAAAUAUCUGUAUAUAAUUAGAUAGAAGAGAAUGUCUGCAUUCGUGGAAUACAAGAACCAUGUUUGAUGGUCAACUAAUGUCCCAAAAUAUACUGAAAAACAUUUUAUAACUCAUUAGCCUUCCUUCUAUUUUGGUAAUAAUCUACUACAUAAAUAUAUAUAUAAAUAUCAUAAAUAUCUACUACAUUUCAGAACCACAGUUUCCAUGAUGCUUUAGAACAGGAAAUAUAAUGUUAAAUAUUUACAUUUGGGCAAAUUGGCUUCAUUAAAAGUAGCAGAUUUAGAUAUUAGCAUUUCCUGUUUGCAGUGGUCCCAUGGAUGUAAAGACAGCUGCCACUGAUUUACUUUAUUUGCUGUGGACAUGGAAGGAAAUAAUGUCCUUGGAAAGUGUAAGUCACACUGAAUCUAAAAAUAAAUACAUCAUGACCAGUGGCAUUAGUACAGAUGGUGCAGCCAGUGCAAUGCACCUGGGCCCAGCUGAUUACAAGGGGCCAUGAGGGACAGCGACAAUUACUGCCUAGAUUGUGAUCAGAUGAUGUCAUCCAUUCAUUCAUAGCGUGUAGGCCUCUGAUGAGUUGCUGUACUUUUCCUAUUCACUAUUUGCUCUGUGAUUAUUGACAUACUGUGUAAGCUGCUGUGUGUUGAUUUGUUACUGACGGAAAAGCUGAAGCUGACGGUGGUGGUUUGAGUGCAGAGAAAGGCUGUUAGACCUACCUUGAUAGACUUGGCACUUGGGCUGCUGUCCAUGGUGCUGAUCAAAGGCUGCAGGUUUGCAAUUGCAUGGAGUCAAGUGUUUGUAUGCCCGUAUGUAUACAAGCGUGCUUUUUUGCCCCAGGGCCUAGCAAAUUUAUGUUACGCUGCUAAUUAUGACUGUUUUCAUUUAUUAUUUUAACACAAAUUGCAGCAAUCCGGCACAAAAUGUUGUGUUGCAGUGUUAAAAGUGCAUAAAGUACGAUAAUAUCACCCGUGAGCUGCGUGUCACAGCCACUGUUGACUCUGUUGACUGUUUAAAACCUCUGAUAUAAAGGAAUGCAGAAUAAGGCAACGCGCAGUUACAAGCAAAUGCAUCAGAGACAAUCUAUGUUCCUGUUUGUCCUCUCCAGACCAGAAACACUCCUCCUCCCCCUUCUCCACACUGAGGGGUCAAAUGUCAAAGGUCAGUUACAGCACAGUGUUCCCACAGCUGCUUGCGAUUCAGUACUUCACUCAAGGACACUUCAGCGGCACGCAGGGUGCUUGACCCGGCGCUCGGUCUCAUUAAUCACUACACUAUCUGCAGCUUCAGAAAAACCAGACAAGGUUGCCAACACAGUGAACACGAGCACCUUGUAAAAAAUGUAACCUCAAAUAAGCAGCUCUUUAAGCUACCAGAUAAAGAAAACAGAGUAAAAUCACAGUUUACGCCUACAAAUCUCCACAAAGCGCCCACUGAAAACAUGCUUCCCUUUAUGUACAGAUUUAAUACGCACACAUGUAACACACAGCAGUAGCAUUUUACUCAGAGACUCAAUGAAUGUACAAAUUAAUACUGCAAUGCAGGAGGUGGCACCAUCGCAGCAGUGUCAUGCAAUAUCACACGAUCCACAUGUGUAAACAGUCACGUGAUUUCGCCUUGCAAACACUAUUGUAUAAACAUUCCUGCUUUUUUUUUAUUAUUCUGUCUUAAACGUGAAUUAAUGUAUAUUUAACGAGAUAAUGCGAUAUUUCACUUAGGUGGGAUAUUUUUGGGGGCCAAAGCAGACGUGUCCAAACGCUCAUUAGCAUCAAUGUCCACUGACUGAGGAAUCUGUCACCAUGGUAACUUGUUUUAAAGGGGCAACAUGUGAACUGAGGCCUUUAUUGACCCUCCACUGGUUAAUCGAAUCCAUAAAAAAAUCCAGAAUAAAAAGUACUGUUAUGUAAAUAUUAGGAGCUGAUGCAUCUGGAUAAACAGCUGGUGGCUCUACUUUCGUCGCUGCUGUUAAACCAUCACAGAAGAAGAGGACACAACGAAGGGAAACAGAUGUUAAUGUGAGGAAGGUUUCGUCCUCCUCCUCACACACAUCUGAUGUUUUCAGCUCUUCACCAGAUGCUUCAUAUACGUCAUCAUUUAUUCACUAAGUCCAGUUUCCACGUUGCAUUUUUGUUUUUAUCUAUACAACAACUCUUCCACCUCAGCCAAGAGUAAAAAGAUUUGAGAUAUUUCGACUUUAAAAAAAGAUGUGCAUGAAAAAGAAGUGUAGGGGAAGCCACUUAAUGAGGUUUGGAAAUCCUGCUUUGUUUCAGAUAAGUCUUCAGUAUGCAGGCAAAAUGUGAUAAAUCCUGGGUUAAUGCAGGUAUUGUUCUCAGGAAACUGGACAAGAAUUCCCAGAAAAUCAAUUCCCAGCAUUCAACCCUAAACCGGAUAUCCUAUGAUGUUUUGGGGUUCAGUAAUCAUUCAGGUCAGUAUUCACUGUUCUCUGAUAAUGAUUUAUGGGUACGUUGUUGCCCCUUUAACUUGUUAACAAUAUUUAUUAUCCCAGAUUACAGUGUGAACUCAUCUGCUCCUGUGUCACGGUGAAUGUCAAUAACACUAUCUGAAAAUAUCUAACUAAAUGUGCUGUUAAAUAUGCUGUAAUAUUUCCGAAAGCUAUAACAGGAAAGUGACAGGAAAGUGACAGACGCCCCGGGGCAGCUGAAUGUUCAUGAAUUUAAUUGUAUAUAAAAAAAGAAAGAAUCUAUUCUAUCCAGGUGAAAUAUCGCUUUAAGUAACCAGAGUGAAAUGAUACUUGUUAAAGUCUAUGAAAUGUAUAAGAAGAAUGAAAAAAAUAUUACGUGGCCUGAGAAAGGAGUUGUGUGUCCGUUUGUGAUGAUGUGAAUCUUUUGCAAUCAAUAAAUGACAAUGAAAGUAACAAUUAGCACAUUAAAGGGAUUCAUGUCACUUGUACUUAAAGUUGUUUUCUACAUUAGUUAGUUGAGCUAACUCAGCUGGUGGGAAUGUUUAUCGGUCACAGAGUUGUUAUAAGGUUAUAUAAUCUACUAAUUAAGAAUAGUGACAUAUCCCUAUUUAACCUAUGUGAAAACCGGGGUCUAUAAACUGUUAUAAAGCCGAUGGGGGUUGUAUUAUAACUUACAAUGUUUUGUUUUAAAAACUGUUAAUCCAGAAAUGUUAUUAAUGACUUUAAGAGAAACUCCAGCAGCUUUUUCUUCCCAUUUUUCUCUUCACAUUCAGCUAAAAUGCAAAUGACGAAGAAACACAUUAAAUCCGAGUGAAAACCAGUCAAAGGUCACAAACUUCUCGAAAUGAAUUAGAUCGUUUCUUUGGUGAAAAUAAGCCUUAUAUAUCACAUGAUUCAGAAGUGGUCUCUGUACUUCUACUCUGUGAUCAGAUCACCUGCCAAACUGGAUGUAUGAAACUUUACUCUCAGUUGAUCUGGUUCAGAGUGAAGAAACAAACAUGUGGACUUGAAAGCUUCUGCAGCGCCUGUUGAGUUCUUUCCUUACAGAGUUGUUAUAUAAGAUGUGGGAAUGUCUCUAAGCCAAGGAUGACGUUUGAAGGUUUUCGCACCACAAAGAAUCUAAAUAUUUGUUUUAAUUUCUGUAUUUAAACCAGUGAUGAAUAUUCUGUUGCAGAUGUGUUAUCUUGUAUUGUUUUCGCUCCUGAUAACAGAUCAAUCAAAGUCUAACAAUGGUUAAGUGGUUGUAACUGCACAGACUGCUGGUUUGCUCAGUGGUGUAUUUUGUAAAGAGCACAGUUACUUGUGUGCAAUGUGUUGUAAAAAUUAUCAUAAUCUGACAUGUUUAUUUGUGACAAUUAUUCAUCAUCAUUUUAUAAAUCUUUAAAAUCCCACUCCUCUUAAAACAUUCCUCUUAAAACCAUCUCAUGUGAAGUCAAAUAAGGAUGAAUGUGAAGAGCUAAAUGUUGUGUAACUGAAUUGAGGAAAUACUAUAUAUCGUCACUCUAGAAAUUGUUCCAACACACAGACACACACACAUAUAUACAGUAUAUAUGAACUUUUACCUGAUCAUUUAGAGAAACAGGUCCAUCUCUUAUGUUUGAUCCCCACUCACAGUGACAUAAACGCUGCUUUGUGUGCUUCAGGAGGCCGUUGAAUCUGCAUGUUAUUUAUGUGUGACGCCGUAAAGGUCCGAUGCCUUGUUCCUGUACAUACUGAGGAGCUGUGUACUGUAUGUAACGAUGAUGAUGCUGAUUUUUAAGUAUGAUUUUGUUAACGUGACCAAUAAAAUUUCUGUUGUUGUUUUUAAA